GCCGCGCACGAGGCAAAAAGAGUAUCUCGCUCGCACUCGCAGCAGGUACCGAGCACAGCCGAGCCUAUAUAAAGCCGAGCCCUCGCUGCCAGCUGAAUCAUUCAAAGCUUCGGAUCCGUUGCGUGCGCACAGAUCGCACAGACCCCUAACAGACCCAAACCGAAUCCAAGUGGAACGCUAUUUUCUGUGGAUUACGCGAGUUGUAUUCAUUUAUUAAACGUAAAAAAAACAGUGAAUACUCGUCACCAUGGUGCUGGAGAUGGAAAUGUCGAAAACGUAUCAGUACCGCAAGGUGAUGAAGCCCAUGUUGGAGCGCAAGCGACGGGCGCGCAUCAACAAGUGUUUGGACGAGCUUAAAGACAUUAUGGUGGAGUGCCUGACCCAGGAGGGGGAGCACAUUACGCGACUGGAGAAGGCCGACAUUCUCGAGCUGACCGUCGAGCACAUGAAGAAGCUGCGUGCCCAUAAGCAACUAAGCUUGAGCAGUAGCAGCGGCACCGCCGCUGACUCCAAGCUAAGCAUCGCCGAGAGCUUCCGUGCCGGCUAUGUGCAUGCCGCAAACGAGGUGUCCAAGACUUUGGCUGCUGUGCCUGGCGUCACCGUCGAUCUCGGCACUCAGCUGAUGAGUCAUCUGGGGCAUCGCCUCAACUAUCUGCAAGUUGUGGUGCCUACACUGCCCAUUGGCAUGGGUGUGCCGCUCCAGACUCCAGUCUCGGGUGUGGAUGAAGCCGCUCUGGUCACGCCACCACCAUCGGAAUGCGGUAGCCUGGAGAGCGGCACCUGUAGCCCAGCGCCCAGCGAGGCCAGCUCCACCUCUGGUCCCAUGUGGCGUCCCUGGUGAAAGCACUGAAGCUUCAUUCUGGAUUCUCCUUUAAGAGGAAGGCUACAUUAACUCUACUCAACCCAACCGAGCGCCAGCUUUGCGGAGAGGUCAUUGGUAGUUCUGCGCUGGAAUGGAACCGCGCAGCCAAUAUGUUCCUGCUCAGACGCCGCUGCCCGAAUGAGCCCUAUAAGCGGGCUACGGCACAUCGGGCAUCGCCCUAAUCAUUGCGACAAUUUUGUUGCAA